GACAUCUCGUGACCUAUGGAUUGAUCUCGUUUCACGGAAGCGGCUAGUGCGGGAGCGGAGCUGUCUGACGAAACCGCAAUGGAGCCCGGUUGAAUGUGGUAGCGAAUUUAGCGAGAUAUGGACCAUUUUAGUGUAGUUUAAUUUAACUUACUUGAUGCCCAAAACCAAAAGCCCGAGCACUAAACAAUAUGUGGAGAAUACAAGGGCUCGUAUGCAGAGUUCUGAGCCGCUACCACGCCAACGCACCUCUGCGCAUCACCCAGGGUCACCACCACGUUGAGGAUGACGUUCGCGGCAGCUCCACGGUUCUGUCCACCGGUCUGCUUCCGCCAGACAGCAGCUCACAGGCUGGAGGAAAUGGGGAGAGGCAGAGGAGGAAAAGAACUUCGCAGUUCUGCCACUCUGGUCUGCCCCGUUACACCGCCCUGGAUGCUGUGGGAUGGGGUGUGGCUGCCAUGCUCCUCAUGCAGAUCUGCAGGAGGAUCCACUCCCAGUUCUCCUCUGUGAGCGAGGCGAAUCCCUCCCCAGGACUGCACAGGGAGGCGAACCUGCUGCGGAGGUGUGGCUACAGAGUUCUGCAGGAGAUCUUGUGCCGAGAGGACGUCCUGCCCCGAGGGAUUCCUGUGAAUUGCCUUGGGAGCGUGAAGGCCAUCCAGGGCAGCAGCAGUGGCAGUGCUGUUGGCCACGCCCACUUGACAGAAGACUCCACCCCCUCUCACACAGAGAAUGAGUCUUUGAGCAAUGACUCUGCCCAAUCAGGGGAGACCCUGUCCUCUUCAGAAUGUGAUCCCAAAGACACCAGUCCCUCUCAAAACCCCAAAGAUAAAGCUAAGAAUCCUCUCUGCCCGGAGGACGAGGAGCUGUCAGGUGCAGCAAACAACCUGAAGCAAACUGCAGAUUCCAGUGUGCCUGUCAUUCUGAAUAUUAUCGGCAUAGAGAACGCUAAGAGCGGAGACUACCAGGCGGCUUUCUCCUGCUUCCUGGCUUCUGCCCAGCACGGUUACAGCAAAGCGCAGUUCAACGUGGGAGUCUGCUACGAGAAGGGAAGAGGAGUCCGGACAGACAAGGACAAGGCCGCCCAGUUCUAUCAUCAGGCUGCAACGGGUGGACACAGUCAGGCCAUGUACCGUUACGCCAAGUACCUCCUGACCUCUAGGGGUCAGCAGAGCGCAGAGGAUACGCACACGGCCAUCGGGCUGCUAGAGGGCGCUGCAGCCUCUGGAGUGAGAGAGGCCCAGGCUUACCUGGGGGUCCUGUAUUCCCAGGAGUCUCUGAGAGACGAACAGAAAGCCGUCGCCUACCUGAGAAUGGCGGCAGAGAACAGGGACUCGCUCAGCCAGCUGUACCUGGGUCAGUGUUACGAGUGGGGCUUCGGGGUGCAGCAGUGCUUCAGGACUGCUGUGGAUCUGUAUCAACAGGGGCACGGGACCCGCAGGCUCCGACAUCCUUCGACCCUCUAUCUACAGGUGGUGUACAUGCCUCUGUGCAGCAGAGCCCCUGAGGAUGCUGCCCUGCGCUCGAUCCGCUCCGCCCCGUGCUUCUCCGUGGGCGACGCCCUCCAGCUCCGCCUCCACCCCGCCCUCUCCAACCUGGAGUCCGGCCCCCCUUUUCAGCCCCUCCCCCACUCCUGGAGCACGGGCAGCUUCUUGGCACAGUCCCUCCCCAGCAGCGGCGGCGGCCUUCUCUCCGAGGGGGAGAGGACAGGGGGGAGCCCGCUGCUGCCCAAUUCUCGCCCCUGUAGGUGGACAAUAGGAUUCGGUUAG